GGACGGAAGUCAGACACCGCCCAGUCUCCAGAAUAUGACAAGGCUGCCUUAGGAAACCACAGCUAUGAAUCAUUUGACUCAAGUAAGAGAGGAGAGCGACGAUCUGCAUUAACAGAGCUUCCAAGAUGAGAAAAAUCAAGGCAAGACUUUUCCUGUUGGUUGGAGCCCUCGGCCUGCUGGCUUUCCCUUUCUUUAGGUACUCUGAUUAUCAGAAAUCUUUCCAGAAGAACACUGCCGAAAAUAACCGACAAAAAAAGACACUCAUCAAAAACAACUCUUAUUUGUACUCUUGGGGAAAAUGCCGGCAAAAUCUGACUGCAGCCAACGUCGUAGGCUUCUCAAAUCUUCCUCAGAAUAUCAAAGACUUUCUCUUCUAUCGUCACUGUCGACAUUUCCCCAUGCUGCUGGACCUCCCUGAUAAAUGUGGAGGAGCUGAGAAAUCGGGAGAUGUCUUCCUUCUGCUGGUCAUCAAGAGCUCCCCAACCAACUACGAACGGCGGGAGGUGCUGCGGAAGACAUGGGGUAAAGAGAGGUCAUACAACGGCAUGUCGAUUCGAAGGAUCUUCAUUUCCGGAGUUUCGGGUGACAGUUACGAAAAAGAAAGACUGAACAAUCUCCUGAARCUGGAGCAAGAAGAGCACAGAGACGUCCUCCAGUGGGACUUUAGUGACACGUUUUACAACCUCACUUUGAAGCAAAUACUCUUCCUGGAAUGGAUGGAAAGAAACUGUCCGAAUGCUCGCUUCCUCCUGAAUGGGGACGACGACGUGUUUGCUCACACAAACAACAUGGUUGUGUAUCUGCAAAGCCUCAAGGAAAAUAACGGGAGCAAGCAUCUCUUCACUGGUCAUCUGAUCCAGAAUGUGGGGCCCAUCAGAGCAACUGGGAGCAAAUAUUUUGUCCCAGUUCAGGUUCAGCAAUCAAACUCGUACCCUCCAUAUUGUGGCGGAGGGGGCUUCCUUCUGUCAGGAUUUACAGCAAUGCUUAUAUACCGCAUGUCUAAAUCCAUACUCAUUCUUCCCAUCGAUGAUGUUUACAUGGGGAUGUGUCUGGCCAAAGCUGGACUUGGCCCGUCCUCACACAUGGGCGUGAAGACAGCGGGGCUGCACAUUCCCUCCAACAAAAUAGACAAAUUCAGUCCGUGCUUCUAUAAAGACGUUUUGCUGGUGCACAGAUUCCUCCCGGCUCAGAUGUACCUGAUGUGGCACAGCACACAGAAUCCAAAACUAAAAUGUGACGACGCUUAGAAAAGACGUAACACGACUGAACAAUGUCUCAUUUAGGAGAAUGGAGCUUACAAAGUGUACACCACCUCAAAUGAUCACGCAAGUGAUCAGAAAUUUGCAUGGACAGAAACAUUGCACUGGCACUGACUACUGGAUCAUUUCUAUCUGUGUGUCAGGUGGAUUUAAAACAUUGUUUUUUCUUAGUUUCCUAAUGAAUGUUAUUUCAGUAAUUCAUUAAGAUUCUGGACAAGUUUCUCAGGGGUUGCUUUGCAGGUUCUAUGCACUUGUUAUUUAGACCUUGUUAGCUGAGUGAUACCAGAAAGAUAUAGACCAACAAUAAAUCUUAAAUCCACACAUUAUAAAAUGCUAAUUGAAAAAGUUUAAAGCAUGGGAAUGAAGCAAUAGGUGAUUCUCACAUAAAUSUUUUUGAAUAUUACAAUGUUUAAACACUGACCUUUAUGCACCUUUGCUUUAAAGGGGUUUUAAAGGAAAUAUACACCUUUUCUUAUCUUGUUUGUAACUAUGCAACAAAAAAAAAUAGACAGUAGAUAACUAUGCUGAUUGACAAGACUGCAGAAUAAUUUAUAAUAAUAGUAUUUUUCUGUUUUAUCGUAAUCUGACAGCAGUAGCUCAACUUCCUAUUUGUUUUUUCAUAGAUUCGUAACCAUUAACAUCUUAGAGGACAUUUACUGGAUUUAAACUUCCAAGCUUUUCACCAGAUCAGUUUUUCCACUCGCAUGUUGCAGCUGAUAUCAACCUAUUUAUUUGCAGAGUUAGAGUUAACUAACUGAACGUUAUUGGUUGAGUUGAAAGAAAAGACACCAGCACAAGCCUUUUACCUACCUCUGUGAGUUCAAGAAGCAAGGGUUAAAAAGCAUUUCAAAGAGCAGGCCAUCAAUCGCACACUGAACAUCAUGCAGGGUCAACAGGAAGGUGGGGGAGUGUGUGCAUGUGUGAAUGGGGAAUCACUUCAGCAAGUCACAGUGAGAGCAUGCAUUCUCACACAAAGGUAAAAAUAAAAAAGAGUAAUAAACAAGUGCACACCAUAAGAAAAUAUAUUUCAGAUUAAAUCUAAGGUGAAGUUGAGUGAGUAAAUUUAGAGGAGAUAAAUGCUCAAGAUGCACACACACACACACACACGCACACACACACACACACACACACACACACACAUAUAUAUAUAUAUAUAUAAGAAUUAAUGGAUUAUUUACAAAACAUAAUCAGUUGCAAACAAAAAAGGUUAGACUAGUGGAGAAAAUAUAUGUGGGCUGCAUAUUUUUGCAUGAGAUUUCAUGGCACAAAAAAAUUGAAUGUUUUGUGCCAAGGAUAUUUAACCUACUAUUAAGUAAGCAUUGAUCAAUGCUUACUUAAUAGUAGCAUUAAAUAAGCAUUUACUUAAUGCUUACUUAAGUAAGCAUUAAGCUAACAUCACAGUUGUAGUGUUAGCUGUAAAUACAGCUAACACUACAACUGUGUGUUAGCUGUAUUUACAGUGGUUCUAAAACAUGUACCCAACGCURUAGAAAUAUCGGGUUCUUGAGAUUUAAAAAACUGAGACAAAGAAAAAUAUUUUUCAAACAUUUUAUAUUUUUAAUGUGAGACAUAAAGAUAGGAAGGUCCUAACCGGUGCUUCUUAAAACAAUUUUAUUCAAUUUCAGCAUUCUGUCUUCUUCAGUCRGUACUGUAACUACUGUCAGUUGUGGUGAAGAUGAUGAAUGUAAGCUAAAGAUCAACUUUUUUUGCAGGUUCUUCCUGUUUCUCGCUCUUAGUUUCAUCCGAGGUUACAACUUUAUCACUCAGACAAUGAGUUCAGCCUUUUGCACAGCACUAUAGCAUGUUUUGUUACAGAGCAACUGAGAAGACAAUCUUUUUAUGUUUUUCCCUUUUGUAUCUUGUCCUUUACUCAUGUCUGUAAUAAUUUCCCAGGUUGAAUAUAUUUUAAAAUGAGGGAUAACUCAGUGUAUCUUUUGAYCGCUAUGACAUUAAAGCCAGUUGAUGUUGGUUUGUGUUGCACUGCCUUACACUUGACUCACAGUUUUUCCUCUCGACAAUAAAGAAAUAAUUCUUAAUGAAAAACUGAAAAAUUUAUCUUGAGCUGUUGUUUUGUCUAUUUAUUGUGGAAAUGAUUCAUGUGUUGCUAUAUCAAAGCGACUGUAUGCAUUCAUAAACUUUAAAAUACAUUCAGAUAGCUGUGGUGUGUUGUUUUCUAAUUAACAAUCAAUAUGAACUGUUUGYUUUGACAAGUACAUUUUAAUUUCCUGUGUGGAUUAAAUUUCAUAAUAGGCUGGGAUUUGAGGAAGUGUGGAGAUUUUAUCUAUUACAUAUUUUUCAUAAUAAAAAUAUCUUUGAAAUAA